AUGCGUCUACUGAAGACUACCAAGUCCCAGAUGCGCACCUUCGAGAUUGAAGAGUUCACGGACGAGCAACUCCAAAAUCAGCCAUAUGCAAUUCUGUCCCAUACUUGGGGUCCAUACGAGGUUACUUUGCAAGACAUCAAUGAUCCCACCAUAAAGUCUAGGACGGGAUAUGAAAAGAUCGAACAAUGCUGCUCAAUCGCGCAUGGGAUGGGGUACGAAUACGUAUGGAUAGAUACUUGCUGCAUUGACAAAACAAGCAGCGCAGAGCUAUCAGAGGCGAUUAAUUCCAUGUUCCUCUGGUACCAAGAAGCCACGAUAUGUUAUGCAUAUCUCUUUGACAUACCUCAGAAACCUUUUGAACAGAGUAGAUGGUUCACUAGGGGAUGGACUCUGCAGGAGCUCAUUGCUCCGCGGGAAAUGUUAUUCUUCGACAAGGACUGGAAGAGGUUAGGUGAUAAGGCAAGCCUUAGAACAAGAAUAUCACAAUGCACUCGUAUACCCGAAAGUAUUCUUUCCGGUGAGAAGAAUCUUGAUUCAUUUAGCAUCGCACAGAGAAUGUCAUGGGCAGCGGAAAGACAGACAUCCAGAGUGGAGGAUCGCGCCUAUUGUUUAAUGGGGCUAUUUGGUGUCAAUAUGCCGCUGAUCUAUGGGGAAAGAGAAGCUGCCUUUAUCAGACUCCAGGAAGAAAUUCUACGGGUCUCAGAAGACCACAGUCUUUUUGCUUGGAAAUCUCCAGAUACGCGCGCUGGACUUCUUGCUACAUCUCCAGCUGCCUUCACUGACUCCCACGAUAUUGUCCCCUGUGAGGCAUUUGAUACUUCAAAUAGCCCUUUGAUUAUAAGCGGCAGAGGGAUUCAUUUAGACCUUUAUCUCAUAGCCUUGGAGCACGUUGGUCUAGGGCUGGCUGUUCUGCAGUGCAAGAAAGUCGAUGGUGGCUCUACGUCGGUCGCCAUCUUUGUGCGUGACCCCUCCUUGACCUUGGAGCGAUUCAAGAGAGUUUACUGUGACGAUUUUUGCCAUCUUAAUCUCAAAGAGUUUAAUACAUCCCAACGUCGUAUGACAAGGAUGUGUAUCCAAUCUGGUCGCAUGGCACGUUUCCAGCCGCCAACAGACUCCGAAGAAUACGACAUCCCUACACAAAUCCAUCUUUCCCCUAUUUCCAAACCUGUGCAGAUCAUUGAUUGGAAUAGCCCGAGCUUAUACGUUGAUAUAUGGUCCCUUCUCACGCAGAACAAUCCCGGAGCAGGCUUGAAUGAGGUCUACAAUGGCCGGACCCCACUAUCCUGGGCUGCUGAGAACGGGCUUGAGAAUUAUGUCAGUAUUCUGCUCAAGCGAGGCGCUACCACUGAGGUGGAUGACCAGAGGAUUGAUACGCCCCUUUCCUUGGCAUCUCGGAAUGGGCACACUGCUAUAGUCAAGUUGCUUUUGGAUAAAGGUGCAAAUAUUAACGCAGAGGGUGAGCAUGGUUGGACACCACUGAUCCAUGCUAUCCAUGCUGCUGAUGUGCCUAUUAUAAAGAUACUAAUUGACAAGGGCGCCGAUAUCAAUACCAGAGAUAGCGAUUAUCGGACACCACUGAUUCAUGCCAUCAGGGCUAAUCAAGUAUCUAUCGCACAAACACUAAUUGAUAAGGGUGCUGAUGUUAACAUGAGAUUUUACUAUGGCCGGAGCCCACUGUCGAUCGCUAUAACAAGAGGGCUUAACGAUAUUGUUAAGCUGCUACUUGAAAACGGCGCCGAUAUUGAGACAGAGAAUAAAGAAGAUCUAACACCGCUGGCGCUUGCUAUUAGUCGAUUGGCAACAGACAAAUAUACUGAAAGAUAUGAUAUUGUUGAGAUGCUGAUUCUAAAGGGUGCUGAUAUCAAUAAAAUGAAUAAAUAUAGCCGGAGCCCACUGUCGAUCGCUAUAACAAGAGGGCUUAACAAUAUUGUUAAGCUGCUGCUUGAAAACGGCGCCGAUAUUGAGAUAAGAAGUGAAAAAGGUCUAACACCGCUGGUACUUGCUAUUAGUCGAUUGGCAACAGACGAAUAUGCUGAAAGACAUGAUAUUGUUAAGAUGCUGAUUCUAAAGGGUGCUGAUAUCAAUAAAAUGAAUAAAUAUAGCCGGAGCCCACUGUCGAUCGCUAUAACAAAAGGGCUUAACGAUAUUGUUAAGCUGCUGCUUGAAAACGGCGCUGAUAUUGAGGCAAGGAAUCACAGACGUCUAACACCGCUGAUGGUUGCCAUUUGUGCGGUGAAAGAACGCCCCCAAUCCUCUGAAGCCGUGGAUAUUGUUAAGAUGCUCAUUCUAUACGGUGCUGAUAUCAAUGCGAAGGAUGAAUUUGGCGAGACACCAUUGUCGAUUGCCAUAGAUCAAGAGCUUAAGGAUAUUGUCAAUCUGCUGUUGGAUAAAGGCGCCAUUGCUAAAACAAAACGUCAGAAAUUAAUGGCAAGAUUAGCUAGGAAGUCACAGCAGCUCUUUUAA